GCAUCUCUUUUUCGUGCAGAAAUUGCUUUGUUAAACUCCGGGUUAGUUUUUUUGCCGCUGGGUGGCCAACCUAAAGCUAAAGCCUCCGCAGGCAGAGGGAAAGAUGACAGCGUGACGUUGGAGCAGCAGCAGCCUCCCCGAGUCUCUGAGUCUCCCCCAUGGACGACCUUACCCAAGCACUCUCGGCCAGCUUUGCUGUGUCCAAGGAGCCCAACAGUACUGCCGGCCCACACCCACGGCUGGCUCAGUACAAGAGCAAGUACAGUGUGCUGGAGCAGAGUGAGCGACGACGGCGAUUUCUUGACCUGCAGAAAAGUAAAAGGUUAAAUUAUGUCAACCACGCACGGCGUUUGGCUGAUGGAGACUGGGCAGGGGCAGACAGCGACGGGGAGGAAGACAUGGAGAAGCAGGAGGAGGGGGAACGAGAGCAAGAUGGCAACGCAGAAGAGGAGGGGAUGGAGAUUGAGAGGAGGAAGCUGCCUAAACAUUACGCAAACCAGCUCAUGCUGUCAGAGUGGCUGGUGGAUGUACCAUCAGAACUGGACACUGAUUGGCUGAUGGUGGUCUCUCCUGUGGGGAAACGGUCACUCAUCGUUGCCUCCAAGGGUUCCACUGCAGCAUACACCAAAAGCGGCUAUUGUGUGAACCGUUUCCCUUCCCUGCUGCCUGGUGGGAACAGACACAACUCUGCCAUGGGAAAAGCAGACUACACAAUCCUGGACUGCAUUUACAGUGAGGUGGACAGAACGUACUACAUCCUGGACGUCAUGUGCUGGAGAGGCCACCCAGUCUACGACUGCCCAACUGAGUUCCGUUUCUACUGGCUCCAAUCCAAAGUCCAGGAGACGGACGGCCUAUCAGAGACUGCUAAACGUAACCCUUUCCGGUUUGUGAGUCUCCAAAGUACAGAAUGCACAGUGGAAUUGAUUCAAAAGGCCCUGGCAGCAGAGUACAGCUUCAGCGUGGAUGGUCUCCUCUUUUACCACCGGCAGACCCACUACACCCCUGGCAGCACCCCUCUGGUUGGCUGGCUUCGCCCCUACAUGGUCACUGACAUCCUGGGCAUAGAGGUUCCUGUGGGACCCCUCACCACCAAGCCUGAGUACGCCAGCCACCAGCUGCAGCAGAUCCUAGAACACAAAAAACCUUCAAGUGAAGUCCGCCCGGCCAACAGCAGCGGCGGCUACGAGCUAGAGUACCUGUCCACCCCGAGCCGGGACAGUGAGGACACUCGGAACUUUUUAAAUCAGAAACCAAUAAAAGAAGCACACAUGGAGGUUUGAGUGGGAGGCUUAAUGAGAUGCAAAUUGUUAAAUCAGUGUUUCUGUGUGGUGGCGGCCCACAUAUGGUUCUUUAGAAUGUCUGCUGAAUGGUUCUGCAGAUCUGACCAACUGCAAAGCAUGGCUAAUUCUAAUCCAGCACUGCUCUGGACGCCGUCAGAGUGCAGAUUAGUAGAGCAAUGCUGGAGCAUCAUACGACAUUGACAUAUUGUACCUGCUGCAAAACCUUAAACACCUAGAUUUUUGGGAAGAACUGCACAAUGUUUUGCCAUUCUAAUUACUAUUUGACAGUUUGUAAUUCAUAUAUCUAACACGAAGGAUCAUCACAGAAUCUCAAAAAAUAAAUGAAAGGUCUUAUGUGAGACAUACUGUACAAAGUGCAGGACAGCAAAGUUUGUGGUUAAGUGUGAUUUUGCUGCGGUGCCAGAUUUGCACUUCAGAAAAAUAUUGCAUAAGAAACAUCUCAUCCUUACUGCCGGCAGGUGUUUGCAGGUUUUCUACACCUAUUAUUGAUGCCUUCUUACUGAAAAAUACUGACAUUUUGAGAAGAUCAUCAGUUUGAGCAACAGUAAUGGAGAGUGUUUAGGAAGGUUUAUGGCUUACUGGUCAGUUCGUGAGUCACAUGGACUUUUACAAUUUAAUGUUCAAUUAUAAAUUGCUUAGAUAAUGUUUUAAAGUGUAUGUUUCUAAAUAAAUGUUUUUUAUUGGCCUACA